GCAAAUUGCAUAUCCAAAAAAAAAAACUCUCCUUUCAGCUCUCUGUGUAUUGAAAAUACCGAGGGAUGGUGAAUAUGUUAUACAAAUUCGGUAUUCUGCAGAUUUUUUUCCUUUCCUUGGUUUUAUUGGCUUCAUUAGCAGCAGCAGACCCACAGACAAUGAUUGUUGGUAGCGGAGCAGUGUGCGAGAAAAUAAAGGGAAUUGGGGUCACUUUUCAAACAAUCCGGCAGAGAGUUGUUGAUUCAUUAGUUGCAAAUGCUCCUGAGACAGGCUUCAACCUUUCCUCGUAUGGAGAUGAAUCGGAGGGGCUCGAAAUUUACGGUCUUGUUCAGUGCCGAGGAGACAUGAAUCCCUCUGACUGCAGAGAAUGCGUUUCAUUUGCCAAGCAGGUUCUCCUCAGUCAGUGUUUCUCCUAUGUUUCCGCAUCCAUUUUAUUGGACGGUUGCUUCCUCCGAUACGCUAAUUACAGAUUCUAUUCAACAUUAGCAAAGAGUGGCACUCAAAAGUACUUGACUAGUGGAAACCAAACGAUCCCUAAUGCGACACUUGCAAAGUCCUUAGCUGGCCUCGUUAGUCAAGCAGUGAAUUCGGGCAAUAGUUUCAGUGCUAAUUUAGAGGUCGUAGAAUCUCCUGCUUUGACAAUAUAUUCUCUGGCACAAUGCUGGCGCGACCUGAAAUUCCAAGACUGUAAACAGUGCCUUGAAGGUCUUUAUGACACCAUCUUUUCUGAGCUGCCUGGCGAAAUUCCUGGAGCUCAAGUUUUUACCUUGAAUUGCUUCCUACGUGUCGAAAAUUACAGUUUCUUUCAUCUUGCAGCUCUUUCUUCCUCGCAGGCGAUUCAGUCAGAGUCCAGAGUUGUUCAAAAUGUGUGCAAUAAUGAUCAAAUGCAGAGCGCGUCUAAAAGCGAUUUGAAACUAGUUGUCGAUUCAUUGGCUAGAGAUGUCGCUAAAACAGGGUAUGCUAAUUUUUCACACAGAGAUACAAUUUAUGGCCUGGCUCAGUGCCGGAGAGACAUGAGCGCCGAUGAAUGUAGCCAGUGUGUUUUCCUUGCCGGACAAAACCUGCUCCAAACUUGUCGGGGAAAUUCUGCAGUCAAUAUUCUAAGCGGGUGUUUUGUGAGGUAUGAGACUUACAAUUUUUAUUCUAGUCUCGAUUGUAAGAAAGGCACUGCAGUUGAGUGUCAGAACAUAAACAGUCCUGAGGUAAGGAAGUUCGAUUCAAUUCUUUUCACUAUUCUCCCUAAACUUGUGGAAAGAGUUACCGCUAACAAAGGUUUCAGCAAAAGCGUAGAUGAUGCAGUGACGAACUCGUCUCAAAAAAUUUACUCCCUUGCACAGUGUGCGAGAGAUAUCGAUAUGGAAGCGUGCAAGCAGUGUCUAGUUGAAGCAUCCAAAUACCUCAAUAAUUGCAGCCAAGGCGCUCUUGGGGGACACUUCGUCUCUGGCUGCUGCUAUCUGCGCUAUUUGACUGUCAAUUUUUUUCAUGGGGAAGAUUCUUCAGGUGGGAAGCAAACGCCGAACCCUUCUAAUAAUCCUGUUCACAGCAUAUCUGGAACAGCUAGCAUGUUCAUGGCAUUAGCAGUGGUCCUCCGUAAGGGGAGGAAAACAAAUUGGUUAAACAGGAAUGUUGAUCUACAACAAAAAGAUGAAGAUAUCUCCGUUGCAGCUUAUGGAGCUAUGCCCGAGUUGAGACUGAGAUACAAAUUCGAAACUUUACAAAGCUGUACAGGAAAUUUCAAUCAGGAAAACAAACUUGGUCAGGGGGCUUUCGGUUCGGUUUACAAGGGAGUUUUACCAAAUGACAAGGAAAUUGCUGUAAAGAGGCUUUUAUUCUUCAACAAAGACCGUGGUGUGAAGGAAUUUUUGAACGAAGUGAACAUGAUAAGCAAUGUUCGGCACAAGAAUCUGGUCAAAUUGCUGGGAUGCAGCGUCAAGGAUACCGAAAGGCUCUUGGUUUAUGAAUACCUACCCAAUAAAAGCCUCGAUUACCAUCUAUUUGAUCCAAUCUCCAGAAAAGUCCUCAACUGGGAGAAGAGGUUUGAAAUAAUAGUAGGAGCAGCAGCGGGGUUAGCAUAUCUUCACCACGAAUCUGAAAUUCGUAUCAUACACAGGGAUAUAAAAGCAAGCAAUAUCUUGUUAGAUCAAAAUUUCAAACCUAAGAUUGCAGAUUUUGGGUUAGCGAGGCAUUUUACUGAAGGUCAAACUCAUGUAAGCACAGGAAUCGCAGGAACUCUAGGCUACAUGGCUCCUGAAUAUAUCGUGCUUGGUCAAUUAACCGAGAAAGCAGAUAUUUUCAGUUUUGGAGUGCUUGUUCUAGAAAUUAUGAGCGGCAGAAAAAAUAAUCACUCCAAAUCUACCCAAGAUAUCCAAUCUCUUUCCCACGAAAUGUGGAAGCAUUUUAUGUCCAAUACUGUUUCCAAAGCACUAGAUCCAAUUAUACUGGAAAGCUGCGGGAAAGGUGGUGAGAAACAGUUGUACUGUGCAGUUCACGUUGGGCUUCUUUGCACACAGGCUUCUCCAGCACUGCGUCCUUCAAUGGCCCAGGUUGUACAAAUGCUCAUCUCGCACAACCCUAAUCUUCCAGCCCCGGCUCAACCUCCUUUUAUGGAUUUAAAUGUCGGCUCACAUGAAACAACAGCCUUCAACCCUCUGUCUUUCAAUAAUUUUAGCUAUAGCAGUUUUGAACCGAGAUAAUCGAGUUGCCUAAAUAGCCUGUGCUAAUGCUCUGUAGUCAAUUUUAUAUGGGAGACAACUGAUACAAUAACAUGGCUGUUAAAAGACUUAGCAGUUAUGGCCAACUAAAUCUAAAGUCCUCUCAAAGUAUGAAGGUCCAAUACGUUUUCUGGUGCACCACAUUUCAGGGAGUCCAGAGGUUUCAAACAAGUCGAUUGAUUUGAAGAAAAUUCAACGAGAUUCCACCGUGUGUUCAGUUUGACAUUUCGUCAAUGCUUUCAUGUUGCAAUCCCUCUUCUGUGAAGGGUCUCCCUCGUUGGCACUAUUCAAUUGUUUCUAUAGUAGUGAAAUAUAAAAGUAGCAUUUGCAUUCUAACUAGGUGCAAUUGUUACAUCGAUAGUAGAUAUAGUUUGGGUAGUUUAUUUAAAGGAUCGAGAAAAUUGUCUUUGUUAGAGUAUUUGUGUAUAAUAUAAGUAAAUUGAAUUUGUAAUGUAAAGAUAACUACAUA